AUGCCCCUUCCCACUCUGGAUUUAUUACCAUUAACCACCUUCUUAACACGCUCCAGAAUCUUAGAAAUUACAACAUGCAUUUGUCUUGCUAUAUUGACCACAACUUAUUAUCGACGUGAUAAAAAGAAAAAAAUCGAUAAACUCGAAUCAUCCUCAGAUAAUACGACAACGAGAAAAAAACUUGAUGAUUAUUCCUAUCGUGAUUUAUUUCAUUUUUUCAUUAAUCCCGAAGAUCAUUUCGACAAAUAUGAUCUUGCCAAAGAGUUUUCAGAACGAAUGCAUGCCGAAGCAGCGGUAUAUAUGAUGAGAGAUCAUGAUGAUGAUCCGGAUUUUCCCGAUCAUUUUACGUACAUCCCAUAUGAACGAGAAGCUGUUGAUAAACGCCUAGAAUAUAUAUUUAAUCGUUUGUGGAAAGGACGCUAUUUAGAUUGGUUAGAAGCAGGCAUGCCAGUUGACUCUAAUUCACAGUAUUGGUGGGCACAAACAAAAUUACAUCUUGCCACUUGGCUCAUGCAACGUGAACCAUUUCAUUUAACCGAUGGUGUAUGGUUACGUGGGAAUGCUCCAACUGGUCCGUGUACAUUGAUUGAUGCGAAAUUAUUUGCGAUUUAUAUCGAUGAGCUCGGAAACGGCGAUGUUGAACAAAAUCAUUGCAAUGUUUAUUUGAAUGUUUUAUCCGCACUGGGUUUAAGUGUACCUGAUAUACAUACGAGAGAAUUUGUUGACCAGAAAUCGAUAAUGGACAUAUCGUUCAAAAAGCCUUUGUUAACAUUGACAACAUCACUUUUUCCAAAAGCUUUUUAUCCAGAAAUUCUUGGGUACACGUUGUGGUUAGAAACAACAUCGGCCACUGAACAUUCACCAUUACGAAAAUUAUUAGAACGACACGGAUUAAGUCCAAAAUUUUCGCUUCUUCAUACAGCAAUCGACAAUAACGCCAAUGGUCAUGGACGAUACGCUAUUGAAGCCAUUUAUUUAUAUUUGGAAGAAAUCGGAACAAAAUAUGGUGAUAAUGAAGUACAGAUACAGUGGAAAAGAAUCUGGACUGGCUACACAGCAUAUGGAAUGAUUGGUAAUAUUGAUGAUGAAUUAAGAAAAUUAUUCGAUAUACAAAAGCGCACAACACCUAGAGACGAAUUUAUAAAUUUAAUAAAGAAAAAAGCACCCAUGGCUCAAAAAAUGCACGGCAAACGAAAAAUUGAUGGUUGUUAUUUAAAUGAAUUAUUUAUGGGUGAUCCGAAAAUAUUAUGUGAAAAAUUAGAAAAUAGUAAUAUGAUCGUUAAAGGAGAUCCGAAGUCAAGUUUCUUGUUAAAUCAUGCUGUUUCAUUUCAUGGACCGAUGUAUCAAGUAUUUGAUACUGAUGAAUUAACAAUAAUUUCACGAUGGAUACUAUCUCUAGAACCAUCAGCGGUGAAUGAUAUGUAUUCUCUAAUAUUGAAAAAACGUCGUCAUGCUCAAAAUGCGCAUAUUAAUAUCAAAUUAAAAUUGCCCGAUGGUAAUGAGAAAACUAUACACGAAUUGUUAUCAAAACCUGAUCAACUUAUGGCUGCGUUGAGAGCAAGUGAUUAUUGUCAUCCAGAAAAUGGUCUACCUUUGAAAGAAGAAAAUUUGCAUACAUGUAAAUUGAUGGUAUUGGUUAGUGAUGGUGGUGCAAUGAGUCAUAUAUUUACAAGUUAUGAACUAGAUAUUAUUCGACGAUGGUUAUUACAAGGUGCUCCAUUACCACCAGAAGUUGAUGACAUAGUUAAAAUUCAAUCACACGAUACAUUUCAGUAUGAACUAUAA